AUGGACUCUGCUUGCAAUCUUCGUGAGGGAGACUCUGGCUUGUUGUUAAGCAGCAGAAGAAUUCGCAAGCGACAACGACGCCCCACGAGCCCUGUCCAUCAUCGACGACGACCAGACCAGCCAUGGAUCAUGAGGUUAGUUUGCUAUGCUGCCGUCAUGCAGGCGACGACUACCAUGGUGAUGGUUCACGGUGACAAGACUGGUGGAAGCAGCAGCCCUACUGGUACUGGCACCAACCGCAAUACGAACCAUUUUGUGACCCCACCACCUCCUCCCGUCUUUUGGACAGAAACAUCAUACUACGACAAUACCGGAGACGAUGGCGACGAUGACGAAGAAUCCAGUAGCAGUGAGGAUGAGGAAGAGUUCUACGAAACAUGGAUUCCAUUGGAAUAUGCUUCUACUAGUACUGGUAAAAACAACCACAAAGUGGUAAAGAAAACAAAAAACAAACCGCAAGGAAACAAUAAUCCCGCAGAUCCUCGAACACAUCCUCAUCAUCAAUCUCAGCCGUUGAAAACUCUCGAAAAAUUGCGUCAAAUGUUGGAUGAUACCGAUUACAUGACUUCCAAACCAGACCACUACGGUUUACAUCAUUCUUCCACUACUACUACCAGUACUACUGAUCCACAAUCCACCAACACUGGAGAAUCUCAAUCCACUGCUGCUGAACCACAAUUAUCUGCAACAACAGCCGAACAACAACGUCUAUGGACCAGUGCGGAUCGAUCCAAAUACAAACGGCAACAGCAACGGUUCCGACAGCAGCAGCAUCACUCACCACCAAGCUCGGAUGAUGACGUUUCCGAUAAUGAUGAUGGCCUCGGAUAUACCCUCCCAAAUUUGCCAAUCUAUCUCAGUGAUGGAGAAGCAGAGUCCGAUGCGGAAGAGCAGCAACCCACACCUCUACCACCACCCCCUCAACAACAGCCACAACAACAACAACACAUGGCUUGGCAACAACCACCACAACAACAGCAACAACCACAGUACCAAGAAGCACAGCAGCAGCAGCAAAAACAACAAGAAUCAUAUCCUCCCUCACAGCCUCAGAAUAUGCAACAACAAAGUGACCCUCGACCGCAACAAUAUUAUUCGCAACAGCAACAUUUUGCUGCUUGGGCAGCUGCCAUGGGAUAUGCGCCACCCAUGCCCUAUGGGAUGGCACCACCCAAUUCAUUGGCACGACCACCACCGCCCUCUAUUGCGGGAAAACCAACGACGACCACAACAACGUCAGCGUCUCCAGCAAGGAAUAAUCAUAUGCAGCAAGCACCACCACCAGCCCAGCAGACCAAUCCAGCUACUAGUACCACAGAAACGACACCAAAGCAGACCUCAUCCAUGGCGACACAACCAAAAUCCAACGGGGCUGCACCAAAGCAGAAAACAACAACAACCACGAUGCUACCAUCACCAGCCAUCAUUACACCCUCCACAACCGUCACCAUUUCCGUUCAAACACCACCCGAACAGCAGCAGCAGCAGCAGUCCCAAAUAAUGACAAUGUCACGCAUCAAUUUUGAUUCCAUGCAAAAGCUAGUGCUAAUGGCCGUAGCUGCCACGACGGCUUGCUACGGAGCCGUGUCGCCCAGGACGUUGCCUCCCAUGGAAUACAAUCAGCAGUUCUUUCGCAAUAUGCGAAUUGCUUCCUUGACCUUUAUUGCCCCAGUCAUUUCCUUCUUUUCUGUCUGUGAUGCUACAGAGAAUGACAUCAAUGAGACCAUUCAAUCGCUAUAUGCGUCCUUUUCCAUGGGUUACCUAUGGGUGUUUGGGUUGGAAAUCUUUGUGACCACAUUGGUCCGUCUUGUCGUCUUUUAUAUUUGGGAACAGGAUAUAUUUGCUCUUUUGCCCAAGAUCCCUCUCCUUGUCUUGCCAUGGGCUCUUCGAGAAAACAAGUACCGACCCAAACGAAUCACGCUGUUGGCUGCAGAUUUUCUCACGAGCUGUGUGGCGUGUCCAAUCCUCGAAGAGUACAUCAAACUGAAACUGUUGCAGUGGACGACGCGGUUGCCAAAAAACUAUGCUUGGACCACCAAGAAGACUACUACCACGACAAAGCGCAAAAAGGGACGGAAACGUGAAAAGGUUAUUCCACCGCCCGGAAAGAAAGAGGUGACCAAUGUCAACAAGUACGUGACACAAAUGUUGGCAGUGAGCAUUGGACUCAAGCUAGCAGAUGCUGGACGACGUGUACUCAUGUACACAAAGCCACAACACGCGGACAAGAGCUUUUAUGCGCUCUGUCGAGGAAUCUUUCCCAUCCAAGAGCUUUGCGGGACCAUGACAGCAUUGCGUCUGGCCAAACGGGACGUGUUGGGUGCGGAGACACCCACUUGGUGGAUUCUGGCACCUGCUGUCAUUGUGCACGGUAUGGCCAACUUUCGAGGCAUGAAGCCCAUCUUCAAGUGGAAUUCGGCAACUCCGUGGUCAGAAAUGCAGCUUUCUCCGUUGAGUGCUGCCAUUGAGAAUGCCGCGACACUCCCUCAACUGGCAAGCAAGGCUUUCCCCAAAGUCAUGUGGCUGAUCAUCAUUCUGAGAGUUCUAGGUUACUGCGUGAAGAAUUAUUACUACACCAAUCGACAAGCCGAGAAGCGAACCACAAUCUAUGCUGGGAAUCCUUGUGCAAUUGACGCAGCCCUUGCAUCUUCUGACUACUUGAAGAAGGCACAAGGAAAGAAGUAG